GAGAGAGCUACUGCUGGAGAGAGCAAAAUCGUUGAACUCGAGGAAGAAUUACGAGUUGUCGGAAAUAACUUGAAAUCACUUGAAGUUAGCGAAGAAAAGGCCCAACAGAGAGAGGAGGCGUACGAGCAACAGAUUCGCAGUUCUACCGGUAAACUAAAAGAGGAGGAAACCUAUGAAAUGUCUAUAAGACAACAGAGUCAGAGACUGCAGGAGGCUGAAGCGAGAGCCGAGUUCGCCGAGAGAUCAGUUCAGAAACUCCAGAAGGAAGUGGACAGACUUGAAGAUGAUCUGUUGGGCGAACGAGAAAAGACUCAUCUCUUGCAAGAAGAGGUCGAAACUACACUAAAAGACUUGCAGUCGAUGUGAAUUAGUUGGCACUUAGGCCUCAAAACACGAUUAACUUAAUGUUUAAUGAUUUUGUGUUCGUUUACUAACUUUUAAAUUUUAUUAAAUAUUUGUCAUUUGCUAUAAUAAUAAUGAUAUAAACUUAUAUACAAUACAAUACAAUACUGCCUGAACAUUGGAUGCACUGAUUCACGCAUUUAUACAUUCCUUACUUAAUCAAAACGUCAUAAUAUUAGUAACGCUUAUAAUUAUAUGCUUUAAUUGAUUGCAACGAUUGGAUGUGUCUUGAAUGAAUUGGUUCACGAGAAGGAGAAAUACAAAUCGAUUUCGGAUGAGUUGGAUCAGACUUUUGCCGAACUCACCGGUUAUUAAAAGCGUUACCUUUAUAUUUGGCUCUUCUCUUGUGUUCAUUCAAUCGAUUCAAUCCUUAAGACGAGACAUACUGUACUCCAAUCCAAUGCUUUACACACUUUCGCUCUUUUAUUGGUUAUUAUUCCAUAAAUUAUUCUGUUUUUAGUUAUUUUUCGUUCAAAUAUUGAGAAGAGGAUUGGUUUUCAAAGUUUAUUACUUUAGAUAUUAUUUAAAAUAUCAUUAAAUCAUUGAACAAUUUAUUUUAUAUAACGAAUUGUUAGCAAAAUAUUUAACACAAUUAUACCAACGCUUGUAAUCAUUGAUGUAAUGAAAUGAACAGAAAAACCGAUUUUUCAAUUGAAGAGCAAAUUAUAUUCUGUAUUAUCAAAGAAAAUAAAGUCUUUAUUAAAGACUCUUUAAUUAUAAAAAUAUUUUAAAACUUUGAACAAUUGUUUUCACUUAAAUUUAAUAAAUUUGUUUUAUUUGAGCAAAAAAUAA